AUGGCUCCCAAGCAAGCCACCUUGGGCAAGUUCUUUGGAAAAGGAUGCCCGCCCGCGCCAGCGCAACAGACCAAGUUAUCUUUUGCCACGAAGCCCGUACCUACGAAGGACAAGAAGGAUGAAAAGGAUAAGGAUGAGGUUGUGAGCAGCCCAGGCACGAGCGAUGAGCUAGCAUCUGAUAAAGAUACGAAGAAGCGACCGCGCAUGGUAUCCGCAACUGCCACAAAAAAAUCUUCACCAAACAUCAAAAGCGCCAUUGUUAAGAAUGAGGAACCGGAUGACGAAGAGCCGCCUAUCAAAAAAGCGAGGCGAAGUCGGAAGGUCAUCGAGGAGGACGAGGACGACGAGGUAGUACAUGAUGUCAAAGCAGAAGCUACUGCGUCAGAUCAAGAUACCAAACCUGCGAAGAGGCGGCGUUCGCCUUCGGUUAAGACGGAAGCCAAAGAAGGCAAAUCCAAAGCAGUCAAAGACGACCCCGCAAGGACGGCCAAAGCUUCCAAACGUGGCAAAGCCGCUGUCAAGGAAGAAGACGGAGAUGAAUCGGCCAAAGAGCUUUCUGCCUCCGAGUCCGCUUCGGAAGUAGAAGAUGAGAUUGACGAGGAGGACGAGAAACCCAGUGUUGCUGCCAAGGUGCGCAAGACGGUGCAGAAGACCCUGCUGCAGCCCACAAGCAAGGAUCCCUACCCCGACUGGAAGCCAGGCGAGCCUGUCCCAUACGCAGCGCUCUGCACUACCUUCUCUUUGGUGGAGCUCACCACCAAGAGGCUCAUUAUAAUAGAGCACUGCUCGCGUUUCCUGCGACAGGUCUUGAAAUUAACACCUGAAGACCUCCUUCCUACGGUUCUACUGAUGAUCAACAAACUGGCCGCAGACUAUGCCGGUAUUGAACUGGGCAUUGGCGAGUCGCUCAUCAUGAAAGCGAUUGGCGAGUCGACGGGUCGCAGCUUGGCAAUCAUCAAGCAGGACCAAAGAGAGAUUGGCGAUUUGGGUCUGGUUGCGGUCAAAUCGCGGUCGACACAACCGACAAUGUUCAAGCCCAAGCCCCUGACCGUUCGAGGUGUCUUUGCUGGACUCACAAACAUUGCGACAGUCACGGGCAAUGGAGCACAGGGCCGCAAGGUUGACAUGAUCAAGAAGCUCCUUUCUGCCGCCGACGUGAACAAUACCGGCAAAGUUGACAUCAGCAAAGACAAGGGUGGUCCCAGCGAGGCCAAGUUCAUCGUCAGAUUCCUUGAGGGGAAGCUCAGGCUUGGAUUGGCCGAAAGAACCGUCUUGCCAUCGCUGGCACAAGCUGUGAUCGCGCACGAAGCCUCCCGGAAUGGAAGCGUUCCCAGUGCAAGCGACGUCGAAAAGGCUGAGCAGAUGCUAAAGACGGUUUACAGCGAGCUCCCAAGUUACGAAGUCAUCAUCCCAGCACUGCUGGAGCAUGGCAUCAUGAACCUAAAGGACAAGUGCAAAUUGCGGCCAGGGAUUCCACUCAAGCCCAUGUUGGCCAAACCGACAAAGGCAAUCACCGAGGUACUCGACAGAUUCGAGAAUCAGACUUUUACUUGCGAGUACAAAUACGACGGAGAGCGGGCGCAGAUCCAUUAUGUGGCCAAGGAAGCAAACGAGGAGCUCAGCAAAGCUCUGCCGGGUGCCACCAAGGCUGUAGGGUCGGGCCUGGCCGCCAUUUUCUCGCGCAACUCAGAAGACCUGUCGCAGAAGUACCCUGAUAUAUUGGCCAAGCUGGACAGCUGGGUCAAGCCGGACACCAAGAGUUUCGUGCUCGACUGCGAAACAGUGGCUUGGGACGUGCAGGAGAAGAAGGUGCUGCCUUUCCAACAGCUCAUGACGCGCAAGAAGAAGGACGUCAAGAUUGAGGAUGUCAAGGUCAAAGUGUGUGUGUUUGCUUUCGAUCUGUUGUACCUUAAUGGCGAAGCUGUUGUUGAGAAGUCGCUUCGCGAACGGCGGGCUUUGCUCGAGUCCUCUUUCAAACCGAUCGAGGGCGAGUUCGCCUAUGCCACGCACAUGAAUGGCCAGGAGCUCGACGAGAUCCAGACCUUCCUGGACGAAAGCGUCAAAGCUUCAUGCGAGGGUUUGAUGGUUAAAAUGUUGGACGGCACUGAGAGUGGGUAUGAGCCCAGCAAGCGGAGUCGAAACUGGCUAAAGAUCAAAAAGGAUUAUCUGUCUGGUAUUGGCGAUUCCCUGGACCUGGUGGUUCUGGGCGCCUACUACGGCAAGGGCAAGCGUACGUCAGUGUACGGAGCUUUUCUCCUCGCCUGCUACAACUCCAGCGGCGACAAGUAUGAGACUGUCUGCAACAUCGGCACAGGUUUCUCUGAGGCGGUCCUCGAGGAGCUGUAUACACAGCUCAAGGACACAGUUAUCGAUAGGCCCAAGCCCUUUUAUUCUCACAGCUCGGGUGGUCAGCACCAGCCGGACGUUUGGUUCGAGCCUCGCUUCGUGUGGGAGGUCAAGACGGCAGACCUGACGCUCAGCCCGCGCUACAAGGCAGGCUGCGGCGAGGGUGUUGACCCGUCUGGGACCAAGGGAAUCAGCCUACGGUUCCCGCGGUUCAUCAAGGUGCGUGACGACAAGAAGCCCGAUGAAGCCACAUCGAGCAGACAGGUUGCAGAGAUGUACAGGAAGCAGGAAAGUGUGGCAAAGAACAAGGGCCCUGCAGUUGAUGACGACUUCGAGUACUGA